UCCAUGUCGCCAUCUUAGUUGCAGAAAACAUUUUCUGUCGUCAAUUAACAACAUAAUAUUGCAAUCUUGGAUCCGCCACCACCACCAGCGAUGGGCCGUUCACGAAGCAGAAGUCAGUCUACUAGUCGUGUCAGUAAAUCUUCCUCAAAACAUCGGUCCAAACACAAGAAACGCCGUUCUAGGUCACGAUCAGCCUCUCGGGACAAAGUCAGGCGAAGUCGUGUUCGGUCAAGAUCGCGCGAUCGUGAAAGGAAAAGAGCAAGGCGACGUUCAGCAUCUUCAAGCACCUCCAGCAGUGAUGAUGAUCUCAUUCUCAGGGCAAAACGUAGAGAGGAAGAGGAAAAGAAGCUGGAAAUGGAACGCCAAAGAUUACAGAGGCAAAAGGAGCUAGAAGAGAAGCUUAUAGAGGAAGAAGUUGCCAGGAGAGUUGAAGAGCUGGUCGCUAAAAGAGUUUCUGAGGAACUAGAGAAACGCAAAGAUGAGAUCGAGGAAGAGGUGAAACGUCGUGUGGAGGAAGCAAAACAAAUCAUGGAGAAGCAGAUGUUGAAGGAGUUGGAAAUGCAGCGACAGAGGGAGAUCGACUCGCAGAAAAGAAAAGAGGAGGAUGAGCGACAAAAGCGUCUGGAUCUGGAGCGUAUCAUGGAGGAGAACAACAAAAAGAUGGAGGAAGCUCAGCGGAAAUUGGCUGAGGAGCAGCUCAAACUUGUGGAAGAACAGCGCAAAAUGUUAGAGGAGAAACAACGGCUUGAGGACGAGCAUCGUCACGCCACACGCCGUGAACAGGAGGUCAUCCUCAACAAGAAGAAUGCGAGACCCAAACUCUCCUUUAGUAUAAGCGGCAGAUAAUGAUUACGACGAGUAAUAAGCCUUCAGUAGGCCGUGUUUUGCUUGAUCCAAAUGAUUCAGUCAUGUGAUUGACUGUUGAAUCGCUCACACCAACCUGUAGACAUUUUGGAAUUUUCUAAAAUGGAAUAAGGUGUGAAAUUGUCAUUGUGUCAAUCCAUAUUUGGUUGAUGGAGGUCAACAAAGAUUCACGUGUGAUGAAGAUGGUCACCUGUGAGUUGUGAUGAAUUAUGCAGAAAAUAGUUUAAAUGUGCUUAAUUUAAGUAAGAAUGUGUUGUUUAUAUAGAAAUUAUGAAGUGUUGAAGCAAAACCUGUGGAUUUGAUUCCUGAAAAUCUUUGUUACAAAAGCUAACCCAUUCUUCGCCAUCACUCAGGUGUACUUUUGUGAUAACCAUAACCCAGGCUAGUGCCCCUAACAGUAUACCGGUAGAUAUUCUUGUUGCUGUGUAACUGUGCAUCUGCGUAUAUAAGAUCUUUUCCGAUCAUACAUCAUCCAUGCCAGACUUAGCACCACAGACAGUGGAUGACAUCAGAGCUGCCCAAGCAUACACCGAUCAUCAUGUUGUGAGAUCAACUUCGAAAGACUUCAUGAAUUUCUGACGCUGUACUUUCGCAGAGAUACAUGUAAAGGACUCAGUGCAGAACUGUUUCAACUACUUGAUUUUAUGUGAGAAGUUAGGACAGUUCUGCAUUGUGCCCUGGAGUGAUACUGUCUCCAACGCAUUGUAACAUUCUGUUUGUUAAUGUAUCAAGCAAGCAGGUUAGGAAUAAACAUCAUAGUUUGGUUGUCAUAUAAAGGAAAAUCCAUUGACAUUAAGUGCUUGGUCUUUUUCUUGUGUCACCUAGGAAAAAUGGUAGACGCAUCAGGGCUCUCACUAGGCUGAAAUUUUUGGGAGAAGUGACUUCUCCCUUCAGUCAAUUUAGGGAGAAGUUGGGAGACUUUAGGGAGAAGUGAUACUUUUCAUAACACCUGAUACAAAAACUAGGCCAUACCACACACCUAAGUUUAUAUUCACAUUCAAAUUAAUUGCUAUAACUAUAUAAAAUGUUCACAAAUAAUGUAUCAUUUUUGGCUCAGCAAACGUGUAUUUGUCAAUGUCACAUAGUUUAUCUCCAAAUAGCAUCUAAAAUGAAUCAAAAACCAAGACAGCUAAGGAUUUGAAACAAUCAAAAUGACCUUAUAAAUGAACUGUCAAUAUAGUAGGGGGACGAAUCUUAUUUUGGUACGUUCGGGAUGGGUACGAAUGUCACAUUCAGCUAUGCUGUUAUAUACUUGUCUCUGGCUAAAUAAUUUUCAAUAUGCUGACAUUUAAGAACCAAAUGACCUUUAAAUCACUGUUCUUGAUGAAAUUUUUACCAAUACAUAAUGGGAGGUUGAGAAAUUACUCGGAAAAUUGUUUUGACAAAUUGGCGAUCUCGCCGAUUUUUUUAAAGUCAUAAACAGGAGAAAAAUACUGUAAGUAAACACUACAUACAGCAAAAAAAGAGAUAUUUUUGUGUUUGCAAAUAUUUUUUUAUCAUGAACAUUUCACUAAAACCAAUCAAAUAUUUGUUGAUACGUCAUGUUAUUUUCUUAGCGCCACCUUGCCGAUGGCCCGAGAUGGCUAUGUCCGUCUGCUUCAAAAACAACAAUGUUUAAAAUGUCUUGCAUUGUUUUUUCAAUACAUAUAUCAAUUACUUUUUAACUUCUUUAAUGCUUGACAAGAUUUUUCAUAAUUAUGUCGCCUUUUCAAUCUGAUUAAGACGAACUUAUAUCAUUUGAUCAGGGACUUCUCAAUGUACAUUCUGAUUGGUUGACCAUCAAUAGCUCCGCCUACAGGCGAUGUUUUGGUAAUUGGAUGGCACGGCCCAAUUAUCGGAUUAGGAGAUUACCUAAUUUUAUGAAUGGCUAAUUGCGGUGUGACAGUGGUCAAAUACUCGCUGAUUGACAUAUUUACAAUGUGCUAAAUUUUUCGGCGAAGUCAAUGUCGCUUUGAUGAUACAAAUAGGCGAAGUCUGGAAAUUUUAGGCGACCACUUCGCCCAAGUCGCCCCCUCGCGAGAGCCCUGCGCAUAGGGAUGACUGUGUCUGCGUCAUACGAUUUUUUCUAGUCUGACCAUCAAUAACUCUUGAAUAACUUGUAGUAGAGUCCAGACUCGUAUGCAUAUUUUUCAUGUUCAGAAAAUGACCCUUAUUAGGUCAGCAAGUCAAAGUCCUGACCUUUCACCCAAGAGGUUGUUGUUUUGAUCCCCACCAGGGACUCUCAGAAAGGACUCAGUACUAGAAAAAUGAUGGGUGCUCCCAAAAGAUGACACAUUGAUUUGUAAAGUUCUUGUUGAAUAUAAAAGCUAGGGACAAUCUUGCUUGAUACAUGUUUUCUUCAGUUAAAGAAUGAUGCAUCUUGUAUAAUAAUUAUUGUUUAUACAUGCACAAACAUAGUUGUGCCUUUACUAAGGAGACUUUUUGUUUUAUGUGUUUUAAUGUAGUACACAUAUUUACACUCUCGAAUCCAUAAUUUAUCAUUAUAUAUGAGGUACGGUAAGUUUGAUAACACAAAGUUUGUCAUUAUUGUAGAGAGGUAAGUAUUGUGAUCUGUGAAUUAUGUGGCUGUAGAUCAUAAAAUGUUUUAUUUGUGCUAUGCUUUUUAUAUAACAAGUUAUUUAUUGGAAAGAUUUUUUUUUUAUUAAGUUUAGUAACAUGAAACAGCAUGAUCAGAAUAUUUUAUUAAGGUUUCAUAAAAGUUGCACUCUCACACUCUCACAUAUUGACUCUUUCGACAAUUGUUUUUGUCUUGGAAGGAGCCAACUUUUGUGCAAAUGUCAAGAGAAAAGUGAUAUAAGACUGCUUACAAAAGAUCAGAUCACAGUUUUUCAUAUAACUGUUUUUAUAAAUUUUUGUUUUAUUUCUAAAAGCAUUACUAAUGCUUUAAGAAAAAUGGAAUUUUGAGAUGACAUUUGAGAUCUGUUCUAUUGUGAGUCAUUUUAUAUGACUGGAUUGAAGUAAAGCCAUUAAUGCAAUAUCAUCUGUUACUGAGACAAAAAUUAAAGCAAUAUCAAAACUGUCAAUCUGUGGGAAUGCAGCUUUAAUACUAGGGUUAAGGUAAGUAUUCAAACAUAUGUGAACAGUUCAUUCCCCAAGCCUUGGGCUAAGGUCAUGUUUGAUUCCUGUCACAGUUUAUGAAAUUUAUGAUAAUACUAUUUGAAUUCAAUGACAAUUUGCUUGAUCAUAUUUGACUGUUGAUUUAACUUCUACAAUUGUUAAAUAAAUAUAUUUUUAACUGAACUAGGUUUUUGUUGUGAUUUCUUUAUAAGUAUAUUAAAUCCAUAGUCAUGAAGAUUUUUAAACUAAGCCUCUAAAUAAGAAGAUUCAUCCAGGAGAUACAAGAAUACUGGCAGAUAUUACAAAAAUUCAUAAAAAACAUGGGUUUUUUUAAUUAAACUGACGGUAAUAAUAUGGCAGUUAAAAUUUGAUGUAUGUUUUAUUAGCAACAGAGUUUAUUUAUGACAACUUUGAGACCAUUUUGAAACUUGUAUACAGUAAUAAACUUACGUUUAUACUUAAAUACAAGCUAAAGAAUUAUUUAUAGAUAAAAGAUGUUUACUUAUGAAAUAUUAAUCCAGACAUUGAUUUGUUCAUUGUUUUAAGUCUUCUUAUCUAUUAAGUAUAAACAUGUACAUGUGUUAUAUUAAUGGUAUAUACAUGUCUCUGAGAUCAUUAGUGUGCAUUUAUUUAUCAUGACAGACUUUCUUAUACAUGUAUAUUGUGUGUUUUUCAUUAUGAACAUUUAUGUAAGAACAAGUUUGUAAGAUAUAUCAUAAGUAUUUCUUAAAAGAACUUGUGACCUUUAGCAUACAAUGUUUAUUGUUAUGGAUUCCUAAAUGUUUAUAAAUGUGGUCUGAUGCCAUUGUUGUACAUAUGAUUGAAUGAUAAACAUUUAGAAGGU